GAGAAUUGCUAAAAUGGCGAUACCACGUGAGCGGGCGUCUGCGUUGCUGUGAGAUUGAAGCUCUUUCGAAGCCUGGAAAAGAAAAUGACCGUAGCUAUCAGCUGCUCGGAAGGACACGCUAGAUUGAGGUCACAACAUCAUACCAGACGAGUGGAUUCUUGUGAGAAAGAUGCACCAGGAACCUUAGGGACAAAGUGGGAAGGGCCAUACCAGGUGUUGCUGAUCACCCAGUCGACUGUCAAGUUCUAACAAAAGAAAGCCUGAAUUCACGCCUCCCACAUCAAACGGGCAUUCUACAAUAGAGUGUAACCAGAGAUUGACUGACUACCAUGCCUGUGUGCAGAAUGCCUCGUUACAUGAAGUGUGGAGGACUGGUUUUAGUUGUCCUAUUCAUGGCAGAGCAGAGUGUGCAAUCUUUCUCUGAAAUGGAGGCUGCAGCACCAGGAUGCCCAGACUGUAGAUUGAAGGAGAAUACACGUUUCUCAAGAACAGGGGUACCUAUCUUCCAGUGUAAAGGCUGUUGUUUCUCCCGUGCUUAUCCAACACCAACACGGUCCAAGAAAACAAUGCUGGUUCCAAAGAAUAUCACUUCAGAAGCAACAUGCUGUGUUGCUAAAUUAUUUUCCAGGGUGACAUUAAUGGGAAAUCUGAAGAUUGAAAAUCACACAGAGUGUCACUGUAGCACUUGUUACUAUCACAAGUCCUAAAAUGGUAAACAAACCUGAAAACGUAAAACACA